AUGGUUUUGCCGGGCGGCGCUAUGGGCUGUUUACUUUGCGCUUAUCCCGUCCACGCCGCUUGCCGCCCUGGUAACACACGACGCGUGACAUCAUCAACCACUUCGACUUCAUCUCUGUUGACCUUCUUGAUGAAGUCUGCGAACUUGUGCAAAUCAAACACCUUCGACAGAAUACUCAACCUCAUCAGAACCAUCACGCCUUCAAUCGAAGAGAGCGGUUCGAGUCGUCGGAAGGCUCGUCAAAUGGAGAGGAGCAAGGAGGCAGCGGAGUACGAGUUUUCCGGCCGCUUCACCACGGUGGAGGAUGCCAUCACUCACAUCAGCGCCGGCACGCGCGACGACACCCUGAAGAAUGAUGAUGUCGAAGAGGUGGAGGCAAACCUCGUCGAGUGGUCGAAGCGACUCUUUCGUGCACUGGACCACACUCCAGCCUCAACAAACGACAAAUUGAAGGGCAACCAGCAAGCCUUCUACAAGGACGGGCAGGACAACGCCUCUAUCGCGAUCCACAACCAGAUGCGCUCGAAGGAACUUUGCGAGCUGGUCGAAGCUCGCGUCGUGGCAACUGUCGGCGCGGCGAUCGCUGUCCAUAAGACGGGAAUUCCUCGACGUGUGUCUCUGGAACAAGGAUCUCGCCGGUCUGGGUUGGCGCCGGAACUGGGUAUCACAUGCUCAGAACGUCUCGAGCGAAUGAUUAAGGCCGUGCAAGACAACAAGGCUAUCGCGAAGGAUGUGGUUGAAGGUGAUUUCGAAAAGCUGGUCUCCCCGUUCGAGAGCCAUCAACCCAACAAUUACAUCGAUUCCUGGUCCGUAUUCACUGCACCAAGUCGACUUAAGAAGAAGCAAUCCACUCCUACGCGCAAGCUACGAGGAACGAUAGCAGAUCCCAGCUGGCUGCUAGAUUUCGACAAUCCGGAUGACACAGAAGGAGAUGAAGCACGAUUCGACGGGGGUCAAGGAAUAGUUUACGACAAUUCAAUCGCAACUCACGGGGGAAGCGGAACGUACCUGCCACUCACACGCGUGGACAACAGCAGCGAAUCGAGACACGCCAACCAUCAACAAGGCCAGUACAUCCACGACCGACCGCAUGCCAACGACUCUUCGACGCAAUGGAGAAGCACGCCCGCACCUCAGCGAAAAGAUAGCAUGAUGGAUAAUUCAGCGUCUACAAAGCCCAAUGGAUCAUCACGAAACACUUCAUCCACCGUCAACUCUAAGCCGAAGAAGACCUCAGGGGUCCAGGGACAAGCUCCACCCGUCGUGAAGUACAACGACGCAUCCGAACAUCAGUAUGGCGGAAGCUUUGGAGCGCCUGGUGUAGCUCGCUCCCACAUCGAUGGUCGCUGCACAAUCCCGGAAGUCAAGAACGAUAACGCAGACCAGGUGGAACUCGACCGACGUUCCUCGGGGCUCGCUUUUAAGAAGCAAUCUACUCCUGUGCGCAAGCUGCAAGGAACGAUAGCAGACCCCAGCUGGCUGCUGGAUUUCGACGAUGUGAAUGGCACAGGAGGCGAUGAAGUGCAGCGAUCCAACGGCCAGGAAGUACCACAAUACGACAAUACGAUGCACACACUCUCAAGCGGAGAUGAUGAGCAUCCGACCGGAGCCUAUCAAUCCAACCAAAGCACCAUCGAUCGAGGACUCCACGAAAGCUACGAUCAACAAAGCGCCACUGGACAUAUCACACGUAAUGAAGCCGUGAUGGAGACUCAGCGACACAGCGCCACCAUGAAUGCUUCACAAUCUGCUUCAUACCCACCGAUAGCAACGCCAACUACCGCCCUCCAAGCAAAUGUCCCCAAGAAUGAACCGAAAGGCCGCCGUCCGACUCCGCUGGUUACCAAAGAAGCAGCAGCCGCCAACUACACAUUCUCCGGGAAGUUCAACACGCCAGGUGCAGCGCGCACUCAUCUCGAUGGGCGAUGCACGACUGUUACGGUGCAGCAAGACGAUCAUCAGCAGGUGGAGCUCGACUUUGAUGCUGGCGUGAAGCGACUCUUCGAAGCGUUGACACAUGCCCAUGACCCAUCACCAGAGUCACUCACCCCCGGACUAGAGAAGUACUACGCAAGCAACCAGGUCGAUGCCGCCACGAGACUGCACAAUCGCAUGAGUACUCUGGAGAUGUGCGAGUUGGUCGAAGCUUACGCUGGAGCAACCGUUGCAGCUAUCCUUUCGGUGCACAAGAACGGCGUGCCGCGACGUGUCUUCCUUGAGCGCAGUCUUGCCACCAGAGCUGGUCUGAAGCCUGAGAUGAAGAUCAAGUGCUCACAGCGCUUGGAAUUGGUGGUGAAGGCGGUCAAGGAGAACAAGAUCGUUGCCGAAGAUGUAAUUCACGGAGACUACGAUGAGCUUGUUCGCUCCCCGUCGGCUUACCUUAAGCGGAAAAUUGCGUACGUCAACAGCAAUGGGAAGAAAAAGGUCAAGGCGGAUGGAAAAAAGGGCGAACCAGCAGCAGGCGAUGCCCUCCUCCAGCACGGACCGCGUGUGAACACGCCAACUCCUCGCGCACUCGGUCCGGCUCCUCGCUUGAACCCUCCAAUGCCCACCGCUUUCAAGCCCGCGGCUCCGACUCCACUGCACGAGCAUAUGGAACCUUGCAGUUCUCUCGGAGCCCAGUACUCGAGAUAUGAUGACGGUCCAUCUGUGCCAAAGAAACGCCGCCGAGACCAUCCCAACGACAGCACUCGCUUUGACUCACCCUUCAACGUCGCGACUGGACCAAGCGACUCCUCCUCCGCAUCUCCUGACACAAACCUCAAUGGGCACGAGAACGCAUUCGGCAACUCUCCAUAUGGAAUGGAGUUGCCGAACUUCAACACAAGCAAUGAAGGAUUCGGCAGUUCAGCACCGACGGACUUCGGCGGGACGCAAUCCUUGGCUCAGUCUCAGCGCCCUUUCUACGAUACCUUCCCGGUGGGGCCUUUCGAUCAUAAUCCAUAUCCCGAUUUCUCGUUUUCUUACAUCAGCCCACAAGCCGGAGCUAUGCAGACAUCGUCAUCUCUUGCUCAGCCCGCAGCUUUCGAGGGCCCUCCAGCACACCGCAAUGGCGAUCAUGCCCCCUACUCGUUUCUCGCUUCUUUAAACCAGUCAGCUCAAAUUCCCGGCGUAUCCUUCUCCUCGCGACCAGCGUUCACCGACAGCAUGCUUGAAUCGAUGCCGGCCUAUUCCACAGGGGCUACGGAGAUGCUUGGUGAAUAUAGGAUGAAUGACCAAGCGGCGCUGAACACGAUGCAACGCCGCGAUGGACAGAGCCGCGGAACCCGCUCCAAGAAGCAGUCAUGA